UCUAAGAACCUGACCGAUUUCCACACUACAAGUCAUAAACCACAGCCCCGCCCUCUUUCUAACACACCCGUGCAUAUACAAAAGUAAGAGAGUCAUUUCGUCGAGCGCUUGGGUUGCAAGAUUGCGAAAUCAACGUGGUCAUGAAGGGCAAGAAGGCAACGGUUCUAACGUUUGCAGAUAAAUGCAAGGUAUUGCAGAACAUAUUGGCUUCAAAUUGGCAAGGCCACCUUAAUACCAUUAAAGCUGACGCCAAAGGAAGUAAGGAGGAUAUUUACACAUCAAAGGUUAAAUACAUACUCAGAAGAGGGAAGCCAUACAUUUGGGUGCCUGAAAAGGAUCUGCAUAAUGUGAACACAAUCAUCGAUGAGCGUGGUUCAUUUGCUGUGUCCAGUCCCAUCCCAGGACCACUGCCAAGCUUACUUGGAUCGAUGAAAAAGCUACCAGCUCGGGUUGCUCUGACUGGGGAUGUAGAGCCUCUUAAAGAUGGAAAGGCUCAGUCUGCAACAGAAAGCCUUAGAGAAGUCUUAUUAUCCGAACAAAAAGUAAUUAGUCAGUGCAGCUAUACAGUUUCUGGUGUAUUAAGUUCUUCUAAUCUUAGUUAUGCAUCUCGAAGUGAAAGCCUUAAGAAGUUACUGGAAGGGGAUGAAAAAUAUGUGGUUUAUAAGUUUAAUUUCAGAUCCUCCAUGUUUAUUGAUGGCAAUGGAGGCGCUUAUGAAGUUGAUUUUGAAGACAUAAAAGCGUCUAAAGCAGAUCCACUAGCACCUUUUUCUGCAAUGCUAAUUGACGGGAUUAAUCAAAAUGGAGCAAGGCGUAGAGCUUUGAUACUGUUUUGUUUCAUAUAUUUGAAUGCACAUGCAAGGGAUGCAUACAUGCUCUCCAUUGAUCGCAAGGGAUUUAGUGUGCUGGGGAAGGUCCCCAGUCCAUUAUUGAAGGAUGGCUUUAGCCAGUCCCAAUGGAAAGAGUUCAGGUUCACGUUGAAGGAAGAGGCAAACGAUGUUGAAACUUUCUGUCGUCAACUUGUGGAAAUGGAAGAGGAGACUGUCAAAAAAGUAUCAAGCUACAGCGGUCUACAAUAAGCCAGAGCAGCAGCUGCAGCACCGAUUGACUCCUCUUCCAUACUGCCGCCGUCACUCAAUCUCACUCUGGGGCUCUGCUGAUCGUGUGGGGAUCUAGCGAACUCGAACUCGGAUUCGAUGAUCCUUACCCUCCAUUGCCCUUCUCCGUCACUUCUCGGGUCAGUUUAUGAUUCGUUUUGCAAGCAUCUAACUUUCUCGGAUCAGUUCCCAGUGGCCUUUCCCGUGGUCAUGGCUGUGUGUCGGAUCGACUUCUUCAACGCGUUGUUAGUGCGUGAGUGGUCUUUGGGUUGGCCAGAUCUACCAUGUUUUUUUUUUGUAUUUUUGAGGAUCUCCUCAAGAGCUUUUUUUCUGUUCAUGUAAGGCCAGUUUUUUUCUUGCUUCUUCAUAGAUUGUGUUAGUUUGUAAGCACUAUAACUACUUUGAUCUUGAAUUUACCUUGUUUUCUUUAAA